UUCCCCACAGACUCGAGAUUUACACCAAGAAGCUCAGGGAAGGUGCGGAAGGUUCGGACAGGAAGGAACUACAGAAGAAGGUCCAAGACAUACGAGAAGACAUCAACAAGAUCACAUGUGCGGACGAUUCUGAGCUGUUGGGAGACCGACUGGACCCACACGACUGGGACAAGAUUGCUAAUGUGGAUUUUGAUGGUGUUCACACCGCGAGUGGAUGCCAGCUACAGUGGCAGAACGUGGUGCAUCCUUCAGUAAACCAGAAGAAAUGGACAGAGCAGGAGAGCAGUCGUCUAGAGGCUAUAGCUGCUGCACAUGGGGCUGAGGACUGGGUACAGAUAGCUGAGGAACUGGGGACGGGGCGGUCUGCUAUCCAGUGUCUGAGGAAGUACCAGACAGAUAUAAACACUGAACUGAAGAAGGCGAAAUGGAGUCCUGAGGAGGAUGCUUUACUGACAGAACUGGUGGAGAAACUCAAAGUGGGGAACUACAUUCCAUAUCAACAAAUUGCAUACUUUAUGGAGGGGAGGACCAUCUCUCAGUGCUGCCAUCGCUGGCUCAAGACUCUGGACCCCAGCAUGGUGAGAGGAAAAUGGAGCAUCGAUGAGGACAUUGCACUUCUGACAGCCGUGGCCAAGUUUGGUGCUAAGGACUGGUGGAAGAUUCAAGAAUCUGUACCGGGCAGAACAGAUGCACAAGUCAGAGAGAGGUAUGUGAAUGUGCUGGACCCUGAGAUCACACGAGGCCCCUUUACUAUGAAGGAGGACAAACAAGUGAUGGAACUCUAUGAAAAAUAUGGGCCAGCAUGGUCCACCAUUGCUAAUGAGAUCCCAGGCAGGACAGACUGUAUGGUGCUGAGGAGGUUUGAGCUACUGCUGAAGCAGAGAAAUAUGACAUACCUGCCCCUGGUACGUAAGCCCAACGCCCCGGUGGAGCGCCACUCGGACAGGACCAUGGCCAAGUACCUGGGCAUUUCCCUGUCAGAACUGUUGAAGAGACGGGAAACAAGGCUGAGAGAGGAGCAGGAAAAGGGACAAGUGUCUAUAAAGGGGGACAAGAAGCCGAACAAAGAGAAAAUCUACCGUCUGAUUGAGAUCUACAGGCAGAAGAAGAGAAACAAGGCUAAUCAGGAACCAGAACCCGAGCAGAAAUCUGAGGAUCGCAAAACACAGAAGAUUUAUCUACUGCUGACAAGAAAGAGCAGGGGAGGGGUGCCGCGACGUGACCCGAGGUUAGACACAAUCGAGGCGGGGAUCCUGGAACUCCUGCAGCCGCCGCCUGAACUGUUACCUGUCCUCAAACCCAAGUCAGGCCGGCCACGGCAGCACAAGACAAACAGAGAUGUGUUGGUGAAGAAGCUGGCUACAUCUGCCCCGCCCAGUAAACCUAUCUUUACCCAUCUUCUCAAGGCCCUACACAUAGACAUCCCCGGUGCCUUGGGUAUGAUCAAGGAACGUCAGAAACAACAUGCCGCCAUCACCGAGACAACUAAAAUCAAAGACCGGCUGGAAGCACGCAGGAAAAAACCUCCCAAACCACCCGUCAUACAACAAGUACUCGUCCCAGGUAUGCCGAUACCAUAUUUGGAGAAAUUACCAACAUUUACUGUAGUCCAGCCUGGACAACUUGUACAAAGGCCAGCCACACCGCUGUCCCUGCAACAAGUCAGGACAGCAACGCCAGCUCCAGCUGCUCAAGGGAUUCAGAUCCUACAAGCACCCAUUCUGCAGCAGCUACCUGUAGCUGUCACCCAGGUUCCAGCUACAGGAAAGCCAGGUGCUAAUAUAAUACAGAUGCAACAGACAGCUGUUCAUCAGAUAGCAGCUUCAGCGGGAACUCAAGCUGUCCACAAAGACAGCCCAACAGCUGCUGUUUCUGUUUCCGAAGCCGAUACAAAACCUGGUCCCGGUACUGUUUCCACAGCUGAUAUGAAAUUCGCUCCUUAUGCUGGCUCCAAUGUUGUAGUUCCAGCCAGUCCCAGUGCUGUCACCACUGCUAGACCCGGUGCUACUGUCACUGCUGUUCCCAGUGCUGUUACUACAGCUAGUCCCGGUGCUUCAGCCACAAGCACUGCUGUUCCCAGUACUGUUACCUCUGAUAGUCCCAGUGGUACAGAAACUAGCACAGCUAGUCCCAGUGUUGCUGUCACUGCUGUUCCCAGUACUCCAGCAGGACCCAGUGCUUUUCCUGUGGGCACUGCUGUCUCCAGCACAGCCAAACCUCAAGCAGCCCAGCUCCCUCAGGUAGUGAAUGUGAUGUUGACGGGGAGGCCGGAUAAACCCGGGGAGAAGGCGGCAAACGUCGGCCAGUUUCUGGUCGUGCUGCCUGCAGGGAUGAAGAUGGUCCAACCGCCUUCCCUAGUGCCUGCUGCGCAUUUCCAGUCAGCACAGCUAGGUGGCGUUGUACAACAAACCAUAAGGGCUCCACUCCCCAUUGCUAGCAGUAGCAGUAUCACAGCAAACAGCACAGGAGGCACUGGUACCACAGUGAACACUACACAAGGGAUCAGUACCACAGUGAACACUACACAAGGGAUCAGUACCACAGUGAACACUACACAAGGGAUCAGUACCACAGUGAACACUACACAAGGGAUCGGUACCACAGUGAACACUACACAAGUGACCAGUACCACAGUGAACACUACACAAGGAACUGGUACCACAGUGAACACUACACAAGGCACCGGUACCACAGUGAACACUACACAAGGGAUCGGUACCACAGUGAACACUACACAAGCGACCGGUACCACAGUGAACACUACACAAGGGAUCGGUACCACAGUGAACACUACACAAGGGACCGGUACCACAGUGAACACUACACAAGUGACUGCUGGUGCUACCUCACAAAGUGGGCAAGACGACAGGCCAGAAGGGCUGGUAAGCUUGGCACAGGUAGCAGCAAAAGUGGCUGCCGACGAAGAAGCAAAAGAAAAAGAUUCAACAACUCCCACAACUGCAACCAGCGUCCCUUCGCCCUCUCCUAAACGGAAAACUCGGGCAUCUGCCAGAACAUCAAGUCCAGCACGAAGCUCUUCUACAUCAUAUACUGCUACUACUACAGCUACUGCUACUACUACAGCUACUGCUACUACUACAGCUACUGCUACUACUACAGCUACUGCUACAGCUACUGCUACUACUACACUACACCUACUUACUACACCUACUGCUACUACUACACCUACUGCUACUACUACACCUACUGCUACUACUACACCUACUGCCACUGCUACUACUACUGCCACAAAGACACCACAAAUUGUGCCUAAGUUCGUCCAAUUUCAGCCAGCCAAGUUAGCUGCGAAACAAACCGUCCAGAACAUCCCAAUAGUUGCCCGAGCUGCCCCUGCUGUACCAAUCGUCCCAGUACAGAUUCUCCCCGCGCCGCAAAGGGCAAAGGUCGUGAGGGCGCCCACCAACAGGAAGGUUUCCAAGGUCAAACUCCUGGCCCCAAACUCGGCGACCUUGAACGGGUUCAAGUCCUUGUUGUUGGGCCGUAAGAAACUGGUGGCCGGGUUUGAGAAGCUGAUAUCUGCCAGGGCAGCGAGAAAUACAGGGCUAGGACUAGGACCAGGAAAAGGGCCAAGACCCCAGACCCAAGGUGCUGCCAUUGCUACACCAUCUCACUCAGGCUGGGCUGGUUUUGACGGUUCUGGCAGUGAAACUUCUCCAAGACCAGGCAGGCCAGAGCCCUCCGCCCGGCUGCCCAGUUCUGCUGUCAACCCGCACAAGGACAGCUACUGUUACAAGAUGCUGAAAAACAGGUUUGAGGCCCUGUUCCUCUGGCCUGCCCUGCUGUCCACAGUCACCGUGGAUGUGAAUCCCUCACAAGCGGGGAAGAAGGGCAGGAAACACGUCCAUCUCAACUUCCACAAAAACAAGAGAGACAAACUAGCCAGCCAGAAGAGGAAAGAGGCUGUGACGGAGACUAAAGAAAAGCCACCUGCAGUAAAGCCUUCGACAAGUGGAAAAGAGGUGAAGAGAAGGAGCCGCAGGGGUCAGAAGAAUGAGCUCCAUGGAGAGGGAGACGAAACUCGGCGGAGGAGCACAAGGCUGGCGGCCAGACCGCCUGUACGCUUCAAACGGAAAUAUACCAAGAGGAAGGUGGCGCAUGUCACGUUAGAAGAUGAAGAUGAGAAAGAGGAAGAAGAAGAAGAGGAGGGUAAUGAAGAUGAGGAGCCACUGCAAAACGGAUCGGCGGGGAAAACAGACGAGAAAAUUGCCGACACUUCCGGUUGGGACGUCGACGACAAAGCUUCCGCACCAGAGAUGGAGGCAGUUGGACCAGCAUGCAACAGCACGGCCGAAUCUCAGGCUGGCGAUGCGGAGCCUGGUGUCACUAACGGUGGAAUAUUAUCACUGAAGGGCAGUCUUGGCCAGAAGACUUUACUCGCGUCUUCUCCAGAGAAGUCACUAAGAUCUGUCGGAGGGAGUGCACAGGCACUUAAGGAGGCGGGGCAUGUCGACUUGAGUCAGUCUGACAACGACGCGCCGGUUUACGAGAAAUACGACAGGUACGAAACCGGGAAGAAGACCUCGGGCUCCGAGGAGCUAGGCAGCCCGUCACAGGGGGGUACUCCACUCAAGAGGGCCUUAGAUGACACCAGUGAAAUCACGCCCCCUGGUGAGGGAAAGAGGAAGCACAAGAAACGUCGGACCAUCAGGGAUAUACUGUCUUCAGAAGGAAGUGAAAAAGACUGAGGAAUCGAUAGCAUACAAACUGUU